AUGGUGGCGGCUCUCUCUAUGUCAGCGGCUCUGAGGCACCUUGUUGUGGGGAGUGGGGUUGUCGCGGUUCGUCUGUCGCCGGCCAGGUCACUGAGCACUUCCACAUGGCGGCUGGCACAGGACCAAACUCGAGACACGCAACUUAUCGCAGUUGAUGAAAAAUUGGAAGAACUUGCAAAUUCCCAAAGCAAAUGGACCACCAUUGAGGGAGGUAUCCAGUAUCUGAGGGAAUUAGCCAUGUUGGAGGUGAUCUAUAACAACCUGGAUGUCGACCAGGCAUCCGAAGACCUGGAUCAAAUCCAGUGCAUGCGGUCCAUGUGGCGAAAAGCUGAUCCUUUAUCCAACAUGGUUCUUACUUUCUCUACUAAAGAAGAUGCUACUGCCUUUGCUGAAAAAAAUGGCUGGAGCUAUGAGGUUGAAGAGAAGAAGAUUCCAAAACCUAAAUCCAGGUCUUAUGGUGCAAACUUUUCUUGGAACAAAAGAACAAGAGUAUCUACAAAAUAGGUUGGCAUUGGCUGUACGACUGUGAAUAAAGUCAGCUGUGCUGUAUUUAUAGUCCAUGUAUAAUACAUCUCUUAAUCUCCUAAUAAAUUUGACCUUU